UGUUUCCUGCUAGCAGCCUCAAGCUAACUCAUGCUAACCCACGUAGCCAAGCAGCAGCGACUCUCACACAGUCCCUCCACCGUGACAGGGGUUUACGGGGGGGGUUUCACGUUCCUCGUGGAUGACUCGGCUCUAUCAGCUGAACUGUCACAUCCGAGGGCUAAAAAUACACAGGCACCGAGUUCGAGCUGCUGUGUGGCUAACGUUAGCUGACGUUAGCUAGCCGCAGCUAACGUUAGCAGGCAGCUGUUGUAGCAGCAGCUGCUGGUGCGGGUACCGCUGUGAAAAUGGCUGAGGCAGUUGCAAACGUGGCCCGGAGGGUUAAUGAAACGGUAGAGGAGGGGAAAGAUAACUUGGAUCUGUCCAAGUGCAAGCUCAUCUCUUUCCCAGACGGUGUGUUCAAGGUCCUGAGGAAUGUGGCCGAUAACAUCCGCGUUGUCACGUUGGCUGACAAUGAGAUGAAGUCCAUUUCCAGCAAGUUGUUCUCAACCUUCACUCAGCUCAGAGAGCUGGACCUGAAUGGUAACGUCCUCACCAAACUGCCUGAUGCCGUGGGAGAAAUGGUGCAUUUGACCAGCAUCAAUCUGGCCAAUAACCGCUUCUCCACCUUCCCUGAUAAGCUCACUGAGAUAGUCUCACUGGAGAGGAUUAACCUGGAGGGAAACAGCAUCACUGAAAUUCCUUUGGAGAAGUUGUACAACAUGCCGUCACUGAAGUGGCUAAACAUGAAGUCAAACCCUCUGGACUCAGGCACUCGGUCUGCUCUGCAGUCUCCACAUAAAUUUGACAUUUUGUCCACAGCAGAGUCGCUAAAUGAUUCUAUAAACCACGAUUAGACUGCAUGCUGUGUGCCUCUAACUGCUUCAGUGGGAUAACUCCUUGUGCCUGAGACAUAGGAAAACAAUAAAACUUGAAGACAUGACAAUGCUGUACAAGAAAGAAGAAAACAGACCUGUGUAAGGAUGGAAUUCUCUUCAUUCGAGUGUGGCAUUUACUUUGGCCUCUCUGUAUGAACCAAAAAGGGUUGAGUGGAUAUUUGGAGAUGAUUAUUUUACACUAUUUGAUCUUUUUUCAUAUUUGAGAUACUUGCAAUUAUUUAUUACUUUUGAUAGUAUGAAAAAAGUUUUAAAUUAAAGCCUUUAAAC